AUGAUCAGUGCUACGAAGCGCUGGUUCCGGCGCAAUCGCAAGGGCCUUGCGAUCGGAGCUGGCGUUAUCGGAGCGGGCUAUCUCGCUGGACAGUACCUGCUGUCCAAGAUCUUGGAGGCGCGAGAGCGCAUGAGCAGUGACCGCAUUGCCCGAGAGAACUUACGGCGACGCUUCGAGCAAAACCAGACCGACUGUACCUACACCGUCCUAGCCCUCUUACCGACUGCGGCAGAGGAUAUUCUCGAGGCACUGCCUGUGGAGGAGUUGACUAAGGAGCUACAGAAGAAACGUGCAGAGCGACUGGCUCGCCUCAACGCCGGGGAAGGGACAGGCUCGGAUCUGAGCUCAGUGUCGCCCAGUAUAACGGACGAUGAUCGGCGGAGCUUGUCUAGCUUCCAGAGCGAUGGGUUUGUCCGUACGAGUCAAUUAGGAGAAUCAACCUUUGAGGGUGGCGGCCCACCACGACCGAAGCGAAACAAGACUCAGCUCUGGAACGAGGUCAAGAUAACCUCCAUCACUAGAUCGGUUACCCUCAUUUACACCUUAUCCUUGCUGACCAUCUUCACCCGAAUCCAACUCAACCUUCUCGGCCGUCGAAACUACCUGUCCAGCGUGAUCUCCAUGGCUACGCCACCCGCAGAUGCAUCGACUAUCCGACUAGAGGACCACGAUGAUGACGAUCUCACGCAGACAUUGGGGAACGACUUUGAAACAAACCGGCGAUACCUUGCCUUCAGCUGGUGGCUGCUUCACCGGGGCUGGAAGCAGUUGAUGGACGAGGUGCAGGCCGCCGUGACGGAGGUCUUUGGCCCUCUGAAUCCCCGAGAAGACAUCUCGCUGGCUAAGCUGUCGGAAUUGACUCUGCAAGCCCGGAGGAAAAUAGAGGGCAAUACCGAGGAGGACAGGAAGUACGUUGCCGUUGCGCGGGAGGAGGAACAUCUGUUAGAGGAGUCCGGGGUCCUCGGGGUGACGGAACCCACAACGCCUCAGACAACAGCAUCGCUGCGCCAUCUCCUGGAUGAGACGGCCGAUCUGAUUGACUCUCCGACUUUCACUCGUGUGAUGUUACUUCUCAACAACGAAUGCUUUCAAACCAUGAUUGAUCAGUGCAAAGCAGACGCAUUCAAGUCAUCCUCGCAGGGGCCUGUUUCCGUUCCUCAGUCGUUCACAUCAGUUGCCACGGUUGUCCCGGUAGCUGACAUCUCGGACCCGAAAACAAAACUGGCGAAUGUAUUGGCCGUACUGGCCCGACAAGCCCACGUGAUUGGAAAUGGGACAGCUCCACCAAACUUGUAUCUAACAGCAAUAGAUCAGGGGGACCAGAUAGAAGCGCUUACGUCGGGCCUUCCUCCUCUCACCACAACCACGGAGCGCAAGCUUAUGGCCAAGAUUGAUUGGCACAUCGUUCCAUGUUUAUGUGUUUUGUACUUGCUUGCUUUCUUGGAUCGUGUGAACAUCAGCAAUGCGGCCGUACUCGGACUCCAGAAGGACCUCGAUAUUGUCAACGGCACAAAAUACAACACUGCGCUGACUAUAUUCUUCGUCCCCUACGUCAUUUUCGAGAUUCCGUCCAACAUCUUACUGAAAAUGUUGAAGCCCCAUGUAUGGUUGUCUAUGUGUAUGUUCAUGUUCGGCGUCGUCAUGAUCUGCCAAGGGCUGGUCUCGAACUGGGGUGGACUGAUGACUACACGCUGGUUCCUGGGGAUGUUUGAAACGGGCAUGUUCCCUGGGUGCUUUUAUCUUUUGGGUAUGUGGUAUAAGCGCAGUGAGGCGCAGAAGCGAUUCAGCUUCUUCUUCAGCUCUACUACGCUGGCAGGCGCGUUCGGUGGCUUGCUUGCAAGUGGACUAGGGAAGAUGGAUGGGAUUCGAGGGUAUGGAGGAUGGCGGUGGGUCUUCAUCAUCGAAGGCGUUAUCACAUCUGUAGUCGCUGUCAUCUGGUUUUUCGUGAUCCCAGGUUUCCCAGAGGAUGUCAAAUGGCUAAAUGAGGAAGAGCGGACAUACAUCCGAGCCAAGCUGGCUCAGGAUGUAGGAAAGGCCGGGGGUGAUGCUCAUAUGGGUUUGCGCGACGUAUUGUCUGUCUUUAAAGACUGUGAACAAGAUAUUUAUUGGCGGGUUUAUGUAUUUCGGCCAGGUUGUCACAGCAUAUGGCUAUGCUUAUUUCGCUCCUACUAUCAUCAAAACCUACGGCUAUGGAGCUCUUUUACAGCCAUCCAAACGCAGUUGUACUCGAUCCCACCAUGGGCGGCUGCAUUUGCAUUUUCGAUGAUUAUCGCCGCUCUCUCGGACCAAGCUAGACAUCGGUUUGCUUUCACUUUGUUUCCCAUGAUGGUUGCCAUGGCUGGAUAUGGAAUCCUGUUGAACAUACACGGACAGGCUCACCGGCACGUCCAGUACGGCGCGCUCUUCAUGGUCACCUGUGGCAGCUAUAGUGCGAUGCCAGUUAUUGUAUGCUGGUUUGCCAUGAACUUGGGAGGUCAUCGCCGACGCAGCGUGGGCACAGCAUGGCAGAUCGGAUUUGGUAACAUUGGAGGGAUCAUCUCCACGUAUUCGUUCCUAGCCAAAGAUGCGCCUCUCUACCGGAAUGGUUACAUUAUCAGUCUGUCGUUCCUUUGCUUCUCCGCUGCCUGCUGCAUUGCGUACUUUGUGGCUAUCUGGGCUGAGAACAAGCGACGGGACCGAGCCAUGACCAAUGGGGCGCCAGCGGAGCUUCGAGGUGAGGAAGAAGAGGUCCUGGGAGAUCUGGCGGUGACCUACCGCUAUGCGUACUAG